GUUCUGAGAACAACCCCCAGACGCUGCUGUUUUCUGCAACUUGUCCACGAUGGGUGUAUGACGUAGCAAAAAAAUACAUGAAAGAUGAAUAUGAACAGAUUGACCUGAUUGGAAAGAAGACCCAAAGGACUGCCACGACUGUGGAACACUUGGCCAUACAGUGUCGCUCGUCUCAGAGAGCAGGAGUUCUUGGGGAUAUCAUUCAAGUCUACAGUGGCAGCCACGGGAGGACCAUUGUCUUCUGUGAGACCAAGAAGGAAGCGAAUGAACUGGCUAUGAAUGCUUCGCUCAAACAGGAUGCCCAGUCGUUGCAUGGUGACAUUCCACAGAAACAGAGAGAAAUUACGUUAAAAGGCUUUAGAAAUGGUGUAUUUGAAGUUCUGAUUGCAACAAAUGUAGCUGCCCGUGGUUUGGAUAUUCCUGAGGUUGACCUUGUUAUACAGUGUUCACCACCAAAA